AUGUCAGUCCCCAUUGCCAAUUCUAAGGAAGAUGACAAGAACGACACGGUCUUGCAAUGCAUUCCACGAAAUAACCCCCACGCAGUGUUCCUUGGCCAUAACGGGACGACGAACUCUGAUACCAUCUCCACUCCCCUCCUUCAUAACGCCAACGAUUCCAACGUCAACAGCUCGAUGUCCGCCCUCUUGUUUGUUGCAUCUCCUACGACAUCGCCACUCAUCGAUGGCAAUGAGGUCACGAUCAAAGCACCGCUAGAAGGUCCUUCCAUGCAUGACUCUGUAUCCAACGACCCCGUGCCGCGUCCCAACGGCGCAAUGGCCAACAUGCAGACCGUGGUCCUCUGUGUCGUGGCGAGUACAGUUGUUGUCGUCGCCAUCGUAACCGGCAUGCAAGCGCUGCGAAGACAAAUACGACGCCCCAACCAUUUUGACACACAAGCGAACGUGGAUGCCACGUCAGUCUCGUCCAUGUGA